AUGGGUAACGGUGCCAAGGCCAACAUGAAGCGUGAGCGCAACGCCAAAAACGCUAAGACUGGACCUACCUCGCAAAACAAGACCAACGAGAAAGCCAUGAACAUUCAGUGCCAAACCUGCAAGCAGACCUUCCUUCAGACUACCAAGGCCCCUGCUCUCCUUGAGCACGCCUCCAACAAGCACAACAAGGGUCUCGCUGAUUGCUUCCCCGGUGUCAGCGCUUAA